CAACUCCCGAGUCCCGAGUCCCCAGUCCCGAGUCCCGACUCAUCAUCUCCACACUAACUCGGCCAUGAAACGUCCCCUCCCCAAGCUCUCCAUCCGCCUCUUUCGCAUCGUCGUCGUCUUCUUCUUCUUCUUCUUCUUCUUAUCCAUUUCCACCGGGAAAGCGCUUUCGGAAGCAGAGGCGCUUCUGAAAUGGAAAGCCAGCUUGUACGAACCGCAAUCGCUUUCGUCGUGGUCCCUUUCCAACAACGCAUCUGCCGCCCCGUGCCGCUGGGCCGGCGUGCGGUGCGACGCCGCGGGCGAAUCCGUCGUGGAGCUCAGCCUCCCCAACUCCAACCUCAACGGCACGCUCGACGCGCUCGACUUCGCCUCGCUCCCCAACCUCACCGCCCUCGACCUCAGCAACAACCUGCUGCAGGGCUCCGUCCCCGCCAGCAUCUCCUCGCCCGCCCGUCUCACUCGCUUGGACCUCGGCAGCAACGGUUUCGUCGGUCCGAUCCCCCCGGAGAUCGGGCGGCUCUCUGAGCUCCUCGACCUCCGUCUCUACAACAACAACCUCGCCGGGCCCAUCCCCUUCCAGCUCAGCUACCUCCCCAAGGUGCGCUACUUUGACCUCGGCUCGAAUUACUUGGCAAAUCCGGACUACCAAAAAUUCUCGGCCAUGCCUUCCGUGACGCAUCUCUCCCUGUUCCUCAACUCCUUAACAAUGCAGUUCCCGCGGUUCAUCCUCAACUGCACGAACCUCACUUACCUCGAUCUCUCGCAAAACGCAUUCUCGGGCCCUAUACCGGAUUCGAUUGCCACGGAUUUACCCCAUCUUGAGUACCUCAACCUCACCUACAAUAGCUUCGCCGGAAACAUUCCGGCGUCCCUCACCAAGCUUUCGCGGCUCCGGGACCUGCGUCUCGGGGCCAACAAUCUCACCGGCGGGAUACCCCCGGUGCUCGGGUCCAUCUCCACCCUCCGAAUUCUCGAGCUCUUUAGCAAUUCUUUACCCGGGCCGAUCCCCGCGUCCCUCGGCCGCCUCGGAUUGCUCCAACGCCUGGACCUUCACUCUGCCGGAUUGAACUCCACCGUUCCGCAAGACCUGAGCCUCUGUACUGACCUCAACUUCAUAGACUUAUCCAACAACCUUCUCACGGGCGAGCUGCCCAAGUCCUUUUCGAACCUCACGAAAAUGAGGGAGUUCGGCAUUUCGACCAAUUUGCUCUCCGGCGGGAUCCCGCCGGACCUGUUCACAAACUGGCCCGAGCUCAUCUCCUUUCAGAUACAAAACAACAUGUUCGCCGGGCCGAUCCCGCCGGAGAUCGGAUCAGCAACAAAACUCCUAUUUCUUUUUCUCUAUAACAACAACCUUUCCCGCGUGAUCCCGCUGGAGAUCGGGAAUUUGGUUACCUUGACGCAUUUGGAUCUUUCGGUGAACCAGCUCACCGGUCCGAUCCCUCGUACUAUCGGAAAUCUCAAGCAACUCGGAGUUUUAGCACUCUUCUACAACAACCUUACAGGUUCAAUACCGGAAGAGAUUGGGAACUUGACGGCGCUAACCUUGUUAGAUAUAAACACCAACCAACUAGAAGGCGAAUUGCCGACAUCGAUUUCGAAGCUCCCAAAUCUCGCGACCCUCUCGGUGUUCAACAACAAUCUCACCGGCAGAAUCCCUGCAGACCUCGGAGUGAACAAUCUGCAGUUAACAAACAUCAGCUUCUCGAACAACAGCUUCACGGGGGAGCUGCCGCAGAGCUUGUGCAGCAGCUUGGCGCUGGAGUACUUAACCGCGAACAACAACAACUUCUCAGGCCAGCUGCCGCUGUGCCUGCGUAACUGCUCGAAACUGAUUCGCGUUCGGCUGGAGCACAACCACUUUGCUGGUGACAUAUCAGAGGCCUUCGGAGUCCACCCGGAUCUUCUGUACCUGGAUCUCACUGGAAAUGGAUUGACCGGCACGAUUUCGUCCGACUGGGGGGAGUGUAAGAAUCUGACUUACUUGCACUUGGAUGGUAAUAGCAUAUCAGGUGAAAUUCCUGCAUCAAUUGGCGGCAUGACCAAUAUGCAGGAUCUCAGCCUAAGUUCCAACCUCUUGACAGGGUCCAUUCCGCCCGAAUUGGGACAGCUCAAGUUCUUGUACAAACUCAAUCUGAGUGAUAAUAUGCUAACAGGUCUAAUCCCUUCCCAUUUGGGCAACAUCAAUCGAUUACAAUCCCUCGAUCUAUCAGCGAACAAGCUCACAGGCCCCAUUCCGCCCGAACUUGGCAAUUCGAAUCAGCUUUUGCUGCUCGAUUUGAGCAAAAAUGGGUUAUCAGGAGGUAUACCAUAUCAGAUUGGGAACUUGGUUCUGCUGCAAAUUUUGUUGGAUUUGAGCAGCAAUUCGCUCUCCGGGCCGAUCCCGUCGAAUCUCGGUAUGCUAUCUGCGCUUCAGAAGCUUAAUGUCUCGCACAACGACCUGUCGGGUCAAAUCCCGGCCACAUUUUCGAACAUGUUCAGCCUUGACUCCGUCGAUUUCUCAUACAACCGGCUCAGCGGCGCGAUUCCGGCCGGAAGCGCUUUUCGGAAUGCAACUUCUGCAGCCUAUGUCGGGAAUCUUGGCUUGUGUGGAAAUGUUCAGGGCCUAGCUUCAUGCCAAUCCGCUUCCUCCAGCAGUAGUUCUCACAAGCACCACCGGAGAAUAUUGGUCGUUGCGAUUGUUGUCCCCGUUGUGGCAAUGUUGGUCUUAGCAAUCACAGUUGUGACGGUCAUAUUAUUAUGCAGAAAAGGAGCUAAAGAACAUCUAGAGAUAGAGAGUGUGACCAAGGACAUAUCGGAAUCAUUGAUAUGGGAAAGAGAGGGUAAGUUUACAUUUUUGGACAUUAUGAACGCCACAGAUAACUUCAAUGAGGUCUACUGCAUAGGCAAAGGAGGCUUUGGUAGCGUCUACAAAGCCGAGCUCCCGGCGGGCCAAGUGGUCGCCGUGAAACGCCUCCAGGUGACCGAACCGGGCGAUUUAUCCGAGAUCAGCAAGAAGAGCUUCGAGAACGAGAUCCGCGCCCUCACUGAAGUGCGGCAUCGGAACAUUGUGAAGCUUCACGGGUUCUGCAUGAGGAGCGGGCGCAUGUACUUGGUGUAUGAGUACGUUGAGAAGGGUAGUCUGGGAAAAGUGCUUUAUAGUGAGGAAGGGGGUAAGAAGCUAAACUGGGCCAUGAGGGUGAAGGUGAUUCAGGGUGUGGCCCAUGCUUUGGCCUAUCUGCACCAUGAUUGUAGCCCGCCGAUAGUUCACCGCGACAUCUCAGCGAACAACAUCUUACUGGAGUCCGAAUACGAGCCGCGGAUAUCAGAUUUUGGCACCGCCAAGAUGCUUGAGCCGGGUUCCACUACGUGGACAUCGGUUGCCGGAUCCUAUGGCUAUAUGGCUCCAGAGUUGGCCUAUACUAUGAAGGUCACGGAAAAAUGCGAUGUAUACAGCUUCGGAGUCGUAGCACUAGAAGUUAUGAUGGGGAAGCACCCGGGGGAGCUCAUUUCGUCCCUGCCGUCCAUUUCUUCAUCCGAAGGCAGCGAUCUUUUACUGAAAGACGUACUGGACCAACGGUUGCUCCCUCCGACCGGACAGUUAGCUCAGGAGGUGGUGUUCAUCGUUAAGAUCGCGCUCGCAUGCACCCGCACCGCCCCAGACUCCCGGCCUUCCAUGCGGUCGGUCGCCCAGGAGAUCUCCGCACGCACGCAGGCCUACCUUGCGGAGCCGUUUCGGACCAUCACGAUUAGUAAAUUGACUGAUUACCAAAAAUGAUUCAAUAAAAUUGGAGUGUUUUCUAUCUUUUGGAGGAAUCAUGCAUUAAUUAAAGGCUAAUAUUAUAUGCAUUCGGCCCAUGAAAUUUUGUAAGUUCCAUUGCUUAUUCAAGUAUACUUGUUGUACAGUUCCUUUUUUUUUUUUUUGUAUUUGAAGAUACUUAAUUUGAUGUGAUAUAUGACUGGAAUUAUGCAUGUAAGAACUUUCAGAACUAGCAAUAA